AUGGGGAUGUCAACGUAUAACGCUCCACGUUAAGGUUUUUCGGGACUGCGCAUUGGAGCAUUGGAGCAUUGGACGGGGACAUCCGAGGUUGGGUUGGGAUCGGCGGCGUCGGCGCUUGUUGCACGGGGGACUUAGAAGGGCCCACAGGGGAGGGGAGAGGAGGGGAGGUUAAGGGAUGAAUCAUGACAUGACAACAAAGUGGGGGAGUUCUGUUUUUUUUUUCCUUUCUUUCUUUCGUUCUUUCAUUUGGGCAUGCUUCGGGUUUUCGUUUUGUUUUCUUUUCUUUCUUUUUGGGCUUGCUUCGGGUUUACUAUGCUUUCGGGGGUUUUUGUUUUUCGGCGUCCUGCGUUCGCGGAGUUGGGUGUUGGGUUUUGUUUCGGAUUGCUUUUCUACUCUAUGUUAGAACAUGCAUAAAUGGACGGUAGUUAUGCUAA